CGCACGCACCUUGUUUUUUUUUUCGCUCGCCGCGCAAAGUGAAGUGCAAACAGCGCAACGCGAAACGACAUCGACAUCGACCGGCCUAAGUGACAUGGCGUUACAUUAGCGCAAUUUAAUUACGGAUUUCUUUUUAUAAAUCCCAAAGAAAUACGCUGUUUUUAUAUCAAGUAUAGCCAUUAUAGGAACGCAUAAUGAGUACAUUGGAUAUAAAUAAAAUGGAGGGCGAAGAAGAAAAUAAGACGCCCGAUAAGAAACAAAUCGAGGCGGAAGAAAAGGAGGUGAUGUUGAAGACUGAGAGCGAAAAUAAUGAAAUUAAUGCUGAAAUAAAGGCAGACGGCGAGGGACUGGUGAAGGCGGCGCUGUCCCAGGAGGUGAUUGAGCAGGGGAGGGAGGUGAAACCCAAGUUUAUUCCCAUAGGUGCCAUUAAAAUGCCCGGUUUUUUCACCAGAAACUCUGACAAACCUAAGGAUGAUGAAGUCAUUGAAAAGGAUCCAGAGAACGAAAAGACAGAGGAGAGCAAGCCCAAACGUAACCACUUCCAAUUUCUGCACACAUGCCCCUUCACCAAGUUUCUGCACCACCCCACGCAGAAUGAUAAAGAUGGUACCAUUGUGGAAGAAAAAAAAGGUAUUCACUUACCAAAAAUUAACGUGGAUUACCAAAUAUUCUUCCAAAAGAGGUCCAACAAAGACCCUGAAGCAACCCUUGCUUCCAUGGAGACAUUGGAAGACAAGCUGGACACACCCAAUGAUGGAAUGGAAAAUGUUAAAUUAGAUCCAGAAGAAGCUGUUGAUGGUAAAGUGGCCACGAAACUGCCUUUCAAAGAAAGAAUUCGACAGAAGAAAUUUAUAAUUGAUGACCUGAUCGUGGGCGCAGUAGUGGUGCUGGUGCUGCUGGCCGUGCUGGUGGGCGUGCUGCUGGGCGCGCGCGCCGGGCCGGCUACCGAGCGCCCGCUGCGGCUGGGCCGCUACAUGACCACGCUCUCCUCCUGCGGGCCCGUCGAGGGUAUCUUGGAAGAAGGCGUAUACAAGUUCUAUAGCAUUCCUUACGCCGUGCCGCCCAUCGGAGACUUGAGGUUCACGUAUGCUCAGCCACUUAACAACAUAUCACUGUGCUGGAACGGCACUCUUCAAAACCACAAGCCUGGGCCGCUCUGCAUGCAGUUUAAAGAAAACGAACGGACUAUUAUAGGCGAAGAAGAUUGCUUAACGCUGGAUGUGGUCACUCCUCACGUCAGGUACGAUUCUCGCCUGCCGGUGGUCGUUCUGAUAGGGGCCGGCACCCUGGCCGGCGGCAUCAGUCCCGCUCAACCGUCCGCUCUUUACGCCCGCACCAAGGAGGUAGUGUUCGUGCGACCCAAUUUCAGACUCGGACCCUUCGGGUUUUUGGCUCUCGACAUUCUUUCCAAAACCAUUUAUCCGGAGACCUCGGGCAAUUACGGUCUGAGUGAUCUGCUAGUCGCUUUACGGUGGGUGAAGUUGAAUAUUCAACAUUUCGGCGGCGACCCCGACUCCGUCACGCUGCUCGGGCACCGCGCCGGUGCCACGCUCGCUGCCUUGCUUACCACCGUCCCCAAGGCUCAGAAGUUAUACUCUAGAGCUUUCCUCUCGUCCGGCUCCGUCAUAUUCCCCGGCAAACACCUGAAAGAUUCAUACCCACUAAAUGAGGAAUUCAAACAGAACAGCAAAUGUAACGACGCCGCCUGUUUACGCCGCAUGAAGCCGGAGGCGGUGAUGACGGCCGUGCCGGCCACAUGGCUCGGGUCCGACGUCGGCUCCCUUCCGAAGACGAAUGAGAUGAAACACUCCUGGCUGGUCCUGGACGGCGUAUACGUGACGCGCCACGCUUUCGAGGCCUGGGACGUCCAGAAGGAGUCGAAAGAGACCGGAAAGGAGCGAGCUUUCAAGCCGAUGGUGUUCGGAACGACCGCGCACUCGGGCCACUCGGACCUCCUCCGUAUGAAACACCUGAACUGGACAGCCGAGCACGUGGAGAGCGUCGUCAACGACAGCGUGAUCGGCGAUAAGAACCUGACCGCCUCGGUGUACGGGCACGUGAACAGGACGUACUCUGGGCUGGUGGAGCUGGUGUCGGCGGUGCGCACGCUGUGCCCGCUGGUGAGCCUGGCGCGACUGCGGCUGGGCGCGCCGCUUUACGUGGUGGCGGGCGCGGGCGCGGGCGCGGCGGGCUCGCGCCUGGCCGGCGUGGACGCCGACCUGGAGGCCAUCCUGGGCACCUUCGACUCGGAGGUGGUGGAGCAGCGGCGCUUCAUGGCCGCCAUGCAGCAGCUGUUCUACUACUUCGUGUGGAACGGCCGUCUGCCCGGACCCGAGACGGGUAUCGCGGAGGUCGGCCAGGACGUGCUGCCGCUGCACGGGCUGCCCCUCUGCGACCUGCUCAUCCGAGAGGAUAUAGUGCCGAGGUAUGCACACGUUGAUUAGUCUCCCGUCUAGCGUUAAUCAGGGCUUCACAAUCUUUUGAAAAAUAUUUUGAAGUUUCUCAGUUUCUCAUCCUCGUCUUGUCAAAAAGGUAAGAGACCCUGCCGGAUAAUAAUUGUAUUAUCCUUAUGUUUGUUGUGUUGGCUUAGCUAGAAAUCAGGGAUCGCUUUAGUUUUCAUUUUUUUUGUACACACAUGAAAAUAAGCAUCUAAAAUGUGGAUUUUUGCUACCUAACUUCUCUAUAGUCUUUAUCAAACGCGAAGGGUAGGUUAGGCUGACACAUGUCUAUGUAAAGGACCCUAAAAUAUUCAAUUAUAGGGCUGUGACAAUGCAAAUAAGAAACGAUUUUUUAUUAUUCUCGAUUAAAUCUGCAAAGGCCAUAUAAUCGAUUCUAUUGGUGAUCAUUUAUAUUUUAAGUAAACAUCCCUUCACGAUUGAAUGCGACUGAAACGAUUUGAUACGAGCCGAAUCGAUUCGGUCGAUAAGUAGAGUUAAACUCUAUUGCAAUUGAGUUCCGUUUUACAUAAUGAAAAUCAGCGAUAAUAAAAUGUAUCUUUUUAUUUUUUUAACAUUAAUUAACAUUUGUGUCUAUUGAUGAGAUAUUCUAAGCUACGAAGAUAUGCAUUUUUGUCCUAUUGGGACUCAAGUUAUUUUCGUUAAAAAGGAUUGGUUCGAAACAUCAAUGGCAUGGAAUGAAAAAGAUUCAAAUGUCACCCUACCAUUCUUGCGUUUGAAAAAGGCUGUAGAAAUGUGAUAGCAGGCAGGAUCUACACUGUAUUGUACUGUACUCUAUACUAAUAUGAUAACUGAUAAUGGCCAUACGCUAUGGACCAGUAGGUAACAGUUAGCAGUAUUAGGAUAAAUAGUUACAAGAAAAAUUUAAUACAAAAUGAAAGUCCAAACCCCAAUGAGACUGAUACAGGAUUUUCAUCAUAAUACUCAAAACAAAAUGUUGAUCUCCAUAAUUUACCAUUUAUUAAGUAUGUGAUUUGUACUUUUUUACCAUUGUUUAUGAUUAAGUAUUAAGUAUGACUUUCGCAUAAUUAUUAAAAAAUCUUAACGAAUCUACAUGUAAUGUAAUUAGAUCUAAGAUUACUUUGUAAGCUCCGAGGACGCCCUUAUAUUCCAUUUUUUUCCAUUAUUUUUAUAAAUGUUCGUAUAGCUUCGAUAACCAAUUGGUAUUUUUAUCCCACGAAUAAUAAGCAAAAUAAAAUCAAAAGAAAAAUUAUUCAAAUUCAAUUUCCAUAUGCAAAGAAAAAUUGUUUAAACAAUAAAUGUUUGCGCCAAUAAGGCGGCCGCCACUAUCGUGGCGUCAUAAUAGCAGUAACAAAGAAACAAGGGAAAGAAAUGUCAAAUGCGCAGUGCAAACUUUUCGCCGUUUUUACAAAUUUAAAACUUGUUAAAGUAGAAGCUAUAGGCGGUUAUAACACUGCCGCCGCAUUACUUUGCGAAGUGGAAUACCCUGCGGCCCGCACCGCAUCUUCAUCCGAAAGCGCGAACUGUCAUGCGAUUCGCACCUUCGCACGGAACGGCAGAGCUAGUGUGUUAUACCAUGCUGCUUUUGCAUACAAAUCAAGAUUCUACAGUACAAAGUCAAAAACCGCAGCAUCCAACGCCGUUCCGAACUUCCGAAAAAAAAUUGCGGUCGGCAUUCGAUAAAUAAAAAUUCGAUUUUAAUUUUGAUAUUAAAAUGUUUUCAUAACAAGGUAUUCGAUUAGUAUUUUUUAUGGUAAUGGGUAUGGUGGCGGUUUCAUAAUAUAAAUUUGAUAGAUGAAACUACCCUAUUCUGUAUGAAAAGAAAUGAGUAUCUAAAAUAAGUUGUUACGUAAGAUCUAUUUAUUAAAGUAAUUUUAGCUUUUUUGGUUUUUGUGGUUGAUUUGUGAUCAAAAAGUACAAUAGCACCUAGUCACGUGUUGUCAUAGUUAGCAACAGUAAUAGUUCUGCAGAAGUUAGUUUAAUUUAACUACUCUAGUAGUAUUUUAGUUGGCAAGUAGCGAAUUAGCCAACUAAUAAUUGAACGAGCAAAUAACUAGUCAAUUUUGUGGGCAACUUGUCACCAUAAUAAAUUAUGCACUUAAUUGACUGUUUAUGUAUACGGUAAAUUUUGGUCAUUACUUACCAACAAAGAUCAUACAAAUCGAGCAUUGGAGCUUGUUUUGAAGGGUGUCCUUGGGUAUACAUGCAUGCUUGUAUGUCUGUGUCCAUAUCUGCAGUAUCUACACAUAAUGAAUGUGAUUUGAUUUUAAGUCUGAUAAUUCCAAAGAGCGUUUUUUUUGUACACUAUAGGUAAUUUAUGUUUUAGUUCAUGCUUAGAUAGACUAAUUGUAAGAAUUUGUACUCGUGUAAAGAGCCAUGAUGACUUAAAUGCGUCGUUGUGCUCGCAAAUACUGCAGUGAGCAUGUUUCUGGAAGUUUGAAGGAAUGCACCGAUGACCCAACAUUAAGGAUUAUUUCGUAGGUACAUACUUUGCUAGCACAACGACACGAUGUCUGUUACUCUCAUUCUCUUGCCAAAUAAUUUGGUUGCACUAGGCAGCUUGUUGACAGCUUUCGUAAUUUUGUAAAGUAAUAAAUGAAAUCUUAAGACUGA